AGAAACACAGAAUAGAUGAGUUUUUGUUCUUAAAAUACUCAGUAUGUAACUAAAUAUUUUAUGAACAAAAUCUUCUGCAUUUGCUUUGCUUUCUAUAUAUACUCUGUGGCCUGCCCAGCUGUUGAGUCCAACCAAAUGAAACUCGGACUGUAAAUACGAGCCCUCCUUACAAUCACCCUUUUGAAUAUGCAGAAAUACGGAUGGAGUGCUAAUUCUGGUUUCUCUGUCGUUCAGUCGAAAUUGCCUAUUAGUUGUUCGAACCUGAUGAUCCACUCUAUCACCACUCAAAAGUUUCUCGUUAAACCUGGGCUUUAUCGAGUUCACGGUUGAACCUUUCAGUCACGCAUGGGCAACCUUUUUUGAGAAGCGAGCCGCUUGAGAAUUGACUUACCAGAUGGCCGCGCUACUAGUAACUUUUCGCUAGGCAUACUCUUGAGAAAGUCAUGGAGCCUGCAGGUUCCCUAUGACAGCACUAGGCAAGCAUUAUCUAACUAAAAAUAACAACCAAAUCUCCUUCAAGCAUCGUUCUACCAUCUGAAAGACGACAUACUCAUACACAAAUUAAUUAUUGCACUACACAAGGUUUUUUCUCUUUUUAGCCCUGCGUAACACAGCUUUGUAGUGAAAAUAAAAUGAAUAAAGUGGUCACACCGCAGAUAUCCAGGGACAGACAAAGAAAAAAGAAAUCAGAGGAAUCUAUUUAGAAAUUACACAGACAAAAACUAUCAGCUUCAUGUAACCGGGUUAUAGUUUAUUUAUAGUAUAUCCAAAUUCGAACUCAGCUGUGCUGAUUCGUCUAAUUUCCAUAGACUUCCACUUGCUUUCUACUCGCGGAGAAACUAGAAACUAUAGCGAAACUACUUCUUUACUAUUUAGAGCAAUCUUAAACCUGUAUAUUUAUCAGAAGUGUAUACCCUACGUUACAUUUCAAAUUUCAUACACACACACAUUCACAUUAUAUAUGUAUUAACCGGUGUUGUUUAUAUUGUAUUCCUCAGAGGUUCCCAAAGUGAAACUACUAAUGCUGUUGUUUCCCUCGCUACACAAACAGAAUUUUAAAACAUUGUUUACUGUUUAUCAGAGUGUUUUCAUUAUGUUUCUAUGACAGUAUUCUUGUUCUCAAAUUCAUCGAGACUACACUGGAUAUUGAUACGUUCAACUAAAAACCCCAGCCUGACCUCAGCACGUCGGCUUAUGACCUGGAAGGAGUGAAAGAAUAGGAUAAUGUGUGUGUAUGUAUAACAAAUAAAAAAAAGCCUCACAUUGAAAUAUAACAUACACAACACUAAAUGCCAAUAACGUAUGACUCAUCACUGGAAGAAAGAAAGUAAAAGACAAGAGGAGAAAAUACAAUACAUAGAAAAAAGCAGUGGUAAUCAAAUUAACGAUCAUCUAUAAUGCUUCUGUCAUACAAUCAUAAAUAAACCUUGUCGAAUCGAUAAGCUUAAUUAAACAACUUGUUUACGAGAUGACGAAAAGCUUCACCUCUGAUCAGUUCGACCGCCGUUUCUUGUGGCAAGGAGUUUGUGACAUUUUAACCAUGACGAUGUUUGUAACACCAUUCAUUCAUACGAUGAACAUCUCAAAUGCUGUUGAAUGAUUUGAAAAUAUAGGUUUUGAUAUUUUUUUUUCUUAAAAAUAUUUUAUUUGCUGAGACAUAGCUAUGCCUAAUUUUCGACAGUUGUUACAGCUAGCCAGUCUCUAUGUCGGAUAUGGUUUGAGUGUUUUCGUUCGGAAAUCUUUUACUUUUGUCCUGCCAGAUGUUAUUAAUUCUACGGGUGUUGAAAGAAGCCAGCUGGGCCUAGUGACCAGCAGCCAAUGCAUUGCUUACUCAGUUAGUAAGUUCUUUAGUGGCUUUUUAGCUGACCAGUACAGACCAAAGCUGUUGUUACAAUUAAGUCUCAUUGGAUCAGCUCUGACAGCUUUUGCUUUUACAGGUUUUAAUUCUGUAUGGAUGUUUUCAAUUUUCUGGUUUCUUAAUGGUUUGUGUCAAGGACUGUCCUGGCCAGCUUGUGCUAAAAUAUUAAUGGCAUGGUUCCCUCCUGAUAACUUUGCUACUGUGUGGAGUAUACUAUCAACAUCCAUCAAUGUAUCCGGCAGCAUUGGUCCUCUCUUCAUCACAACCAUUGCACUUCACUAUGGGUGGAGAUUAGGAAUGAUAAUCCCAGCUUGUAGUGCAUUGGUACUGGCUGUCAUAUUUACUGUCACACUGCAGGAAGAUCCAUCGCAGUUUGGUUUGCAAAACUAUCAGGAAGAACAUUCUGGUGACAAAGACAAAUCCAUCAACAAAAAAGAUGAGACUAACAUUUCACAAGUAACAUCUGUGUUUCUGGAUCCAUUUCUUUUUCUGUUGGGAAUAAGCUAUUUGAUUCUCUGUGGUAUCCGUACAUGUAUGAUGGACUGGAGUCACUUGUAUCUGAUUGAAGAGAAGCAGUUUAGUCCCAUACUGAGUAGCACGAUAGCAUCCAGUAUGGAGGUUGGCGGUAUAGUAGGUUCUAUUGUCUCUGGAAUCUGGUCUGACAAAGCUAGCAUAAGUCCGGGAUCUGUCAGCAGAGUCAAAUGCCGUCUAAACGUUGCUCGGAACUUUUGUUUUGGUGUCACUCUAUCCCUCUAUCUCUUUGUUCAUCACAUGCAUCAUUAUUCUAAUGAGAUAUUUGUUGUUCUGGUUGGUUUUGCUAUUGGCUUCUUUGUGUAUGGUCCUCUCACAAUUAGUGGAGUUGCUGCUCUGGAAUCAGUGCCAGGACAUAUGUGUGGUGCUGCAUCUUCUGUCUGUUCAGCUUUUGGAAAUGCUGGUGGUGUGAUUGCUGGCUUACCGGUUACAUAUCUGGCCAGUCAUCGAGGGUGGCAUCAAACAUUUGUGUACAUUUGCUAUUUAUCUCUUGUUUCACUGGCUUUAUUCUGGCAGCUGGGCCGUAUGCAAUGUCAACUGAAACAAGACGACACAAAAGACAAAACAUCCUGAAACCCGAUUGUUCAUAUAUCCAUCAAAAUUUUCCUCAAAUACUGAAGGGCUGCUACUCAGCUACACUUUGAAUACGUUUGAUUUUGAGGACUCUUGGAAAAUAGCAACUUGUUUUCUGUGUAUUUUUUGUUGUCAUUGAGUGCAUUAACAAAACCACCGUUGCUAUUGUCGUAAGUUGCAGCAACUACUUACAUAAUUGGAGAAUAAAAAAGUAUUUAUUUUUUUAAAGUCGA